AUGACCACAGGAAACGAAAGUAUUGAUCAAAUCCUCAACAAGGAUACUGAAGAUGAAUCUCUCAGAAAAUACAAGGAACAAUUGUUGGGAGCUGCUGCUAAAGGAAUUCCAAAGACUGAUGAUCCUCGUCGUGUUGUUGUUGAAACUUUUGGAUUGAGAUUCCCUGAUGGUGAACACCCAGACAUUAUUAGAGAAGUUGACACCAAGGAAAAGGUUGCUACUUUGGAAAACGAACCUAUCAAUAUCAAGGAAGGUGUCAAGUAUUUAUUCAUUGUUACUUAUAGAGUACAACACGACAUUGUCCCUGCUUUGCACUUUGUUAACACAAUCAAGAAGACUAUGGUCACUGUCGAUCAACAAAAUACUAUGAUGGGAAGUUAUGGUCCUCGUGCUGAACCAUACACCUACAAGUCACAACCACAAUAUGCUCCAAGUGGUAUGUUGGCUCGUGGUUCUUUCAAGGCCAACACCAAGUUUGUUGAUGAUGAUGGAAAAUGUCACUUGGAAAUGAACUACAGUUUGGUCAUUAAGAAGGACUGGACUGAUUAAACUGUAAUAAAAUGUAGAGAUAGAUGUAU